AUGGCUCAGACGCUGGACCAGGAACCGCACACGUUCGCCUCCUGCAUGACGAGCCUGCAGGGUCAAACGAGCGCCGGGGUAGAGGCCCUGGCGGUGCUGCAGACCAAUGCGACCUCGACAGCGGACAGGGGUCUUUGCGGCACUUGCUGCUGCUGCUGCUGCUGCUGUGGCCCGUCGGCAUCUGGAACUGCGAGUCGAACGUCGGACAGCGUGGCCGUCGAGGCUCGAGAUGUCGACGAGUUGGGAGGCCAGGUGUCGCUGCAGCAGCCGACACAGGCACAUUCUUUGGCUUCGCCGGCCAGGCCGCCCGCCCUGCAGCAGGAAGAGCCGGUGAUGAGGCUGGUGCCAGAGACGGCGAACCAGCAGACCAGGGUACCUGAUGCGGCUACCGCGCCGCCAGCCUUAUCCACCGACGGGCAGGGCAAACCUGCGAGACGGAAUUCACAUGGGGAAGCAGUCGACGGUGCCUUGAUUGUCUCGUCCAGCUCGCAGACGGCCGCCUGGAGUACUGCACCAUCAUCGGCAUGCCCGUCUGCCGCGCCGCCAGCUCCAUCAACCAGGACGGACGCACACACAGCAACAGUCGACGGUGCCUUGAUUGGGAGUUGUCCGCUCGUCUCGUCCAGCUCGCAGACGGCCGCCUCGACUACGUGCAGUGCCGCGCCAUUGCCUUCAUCCCCGCCGCCUGUUGUCCUGCCAAAUCUACCAAUCAAGACGGAUGCCCUCGCGACAACACUUGACCGUCCGUCACCCGGAAGGUCUCGGCUGUCACCCAGCGAUCGGGCUGUUUCUGUCGUCAAAGCCGGCGAAAUUGAACACGACCAUGAUGUCCAAGUCCAAGGCCACCGUGUUCUGCGCCUGAAGCCGACCGCGGAGCAGUGGGCCGACUUCCCUGCCGUUCUGGCCCACGCCAGGAGCCUGGGCGCCGACGCCGACGGCUGCUUCAAGGUCGCGACCCCCCCCGGCUUGCACGGCGCCCUGCCCGAAACCCCCGCCCAGCACGUCGCCGCCAACACGUACAAGGUCAGGCUGGUCCGGAGGUCGCUCUCGUGGCAAGUCAGCACCGCACCUUCGCGAGGAGCAGCGCCUGACUGGUCGCAGCAGUGCCCGCCGCCGCCGCCGCAGUUCGCCGACUCUGCCGAGGCCGCCUUCAAGGCCCUCAAGCAGCUGUUCCGCAAGAGCCAGAACAGGCAGCUGCGCAACAUCCGGUACCGGGUGGACGUGCCUGCCUGGACCGAGACCCAGAGGCGGCUGGCCGGCGUCCCGGAGCGGAGCCCCAUACACCCGCUCAAGGGCGACAAGCUGGACCACACAAAGGCCGUCAUCCCCGGCAUACACACGCCCUACGUGUACGAGUCCGGGCCCUACUUUGGGGCCACCUUUCAGAUCCACGCCGAGGACUUUCGUCUGGCCUCGCUGAACCACCUGUACAAGGGGCGCAAGAUCUGGGUCGUGGUGCCCGCCACGGCCGUCGACGUUGCCGAGGAAGCCCUGGGCCGCGGGUCGGGCUGCUCCCAGUUCAUGCGCCACCGCGCCGAGUUCUUCUUCCCCGACAAGCUGGACAAGCUGGGCAUCCCUUACCGGAUCGUGGAUCAGCGCCCCGGCGAGACCAUUGUCAUCCUGCCGGACGCGUACCACGAGGGCUUCAGCUGCGGCUACACCAUCGCCGAGGCCAAGAACUACGCCGACACGGCCUGGACCACCGACUCGUACCAGCCAUGCCAGGCGAGCUGCAGGCUGGCCACUGCCAUCCCCGCAGCCUUUAUGAGGCCUCUGGCCCGGGGAGAGGACCGGCUAGAUCUCUGUGCCGCCUACGGCGACGGCCUGCACGCACUUGCAGAGGCAUCAUCGGCCAACGGGCCAGGAUCGUCGCCGGCCAAGAGGGACUGUCAGGAAGUGGCACUGGGUUGCCCGUCGCUUGAGAGCAAACGAAUCAAGGUGUAA